GUCUGCCUUGGCACAGAGAGACAGAGAGAGAGAGGCAGAGCCAGCACCCGGCAUCGUCCUCGCUUGCCUCUGGGCCCCAUCUCCGUCGCCCCCCACCCUGGCCGGUGCCUUCCCCUCCCAGAGGAAGCCUGUCCCGGACUGAACCCCAGAGACAAGGGGGUGCUGAAGGGACUGCGGCUGCCUGGCCUUGGAGAGCGCCGUUCAGCACCGCGGAGAGCUCCCGAGGCAGCCGCAUCCAGCAGCACCGCCACGCAUGGCGAGCGUCCAAGGGGGCGAGAAGCAGCUCUUUGAGAAGUUCUGGCAAGGGACCUUCAAAGCCGUGGCCACCCCGAGGCCCGGCAGCGUCAUCGUGGCCAGCAUCACCGCCCGCAAGCCCCUGGCCAGUGUCGAAGCGCCCAGCUGCCUGUCGCUUUCUGCUGGGGAGAAAUCCUCCAAGGAACCUCAUCUGGUUCAAGAGACUUCAAGCACCAACGGCUGUGUGAGGCACAGAUCACGUAGCCCAUCUUGCAACGAGGAAUUUUCACCGCCGCCUCCAAAGGGGAAGAAGAAGAAGAAGAAAUCUACACGGAAGAAGAGACGGAGGUCUCCAUCCUGCAGCCUCUCUCCUCUGAAGAAGAAGAAGAAAAAGAAGAAUUCCAAGAAGAGGAAAAGAAGCAGGUUGUCGUCAAAGAAGAGAAGGCACAGUUCCUCGAGCCCCAAAAGCAAACGGAAAGAAGAGAAAAAACACAAAAAACACUCCCACGGCCGCUCUCAAAAAUCCCACCGCCCCCACCAUCGGCACCGCAGCUCGGGCUCGGAAAGCACUAAUUCCCUCUCGGAAAGUUGCGGAAGCAGGCCUCGCACCCGACCUCACGAAGAAGGCCACAAAACGCGAUGGAAGCACGCCGGGCGCUCUUCGAAGAGUGCCCGAAAGUCAUCCGGCUCUGCAGAGGUGACCGUGGCCACCCCGUCCCCGGGCAGCCCCCUCCCGAACAACCGCCCCCUCCCUGCCGCCAAAGUGAUUUCAAAGGCUGGGGUUUCUCUUGACCUUUCUCAAAAAGCAGAGGGUCAACAUGGCCAGUUAGCCAAAGGCAACCGAGAGCCCCGUGAAUACGACUCGGGGAAUGACACCGCCUCCCCUCCAUCCGCUCGGACGAGUACUUCCAGGUCAAAGGCCGGCGAAGAAGCCAACUGCCCGGUCCCCGAUGGCUUUGACCGGACCUUCUCUCCUGGGAAGGCCAACGGUGGGAGCAGCUCCGAUUCGGGCAAUUCCUUCACCAGCUGCCUCUCCCAAACCAAGGCAGCAGCCUUGGGCGACCCAGACCCAUCUCCACAGAUCCAAGAGACAACUCAAAGAGAAACACCAUUGCAAUCGCUCGGCCAUUCCAAGAGGAAGAAAGCCAGCCUCGUCUCGGCCCCUUUCAGUCGCUCUCCGCUUAGUCCGUGUGUCCGGAACACGUCCUCUUCAAGCCGGUCAUCUCCAGAGUCCAGCCGCUCCCAUUCGCCAUACCACAAGGCCAGUCCGAGGUCAUCCCAUAGCAGAUCCUGUUCAUCGGAUACAAGGUCUUAUUCUCGUUCUCCCAGCUACUCCCCGAAGUCAUACAAGCGGGGUGCCGAAAACAGGGGUUCGAGGCAACGGCGUAGCCCCAGCUAUUCCCGAUACAGCAGAGAUCGCGAACCAGAUCACAAGUAUGGUUCCACCGGGAAGGACCCCCACAGGCACCGUGGACACCGGCAUCGCAAAUCAUCUUACUCCCCUCUGAGGAAGCGCCGGAGAGAUUCGCCCAGCCACCUGGAGGCCCGUCGCAUCACAAGUGCCCGGAAGCGCCCGAUCCCGUACUACAGGCCCAGCCCGUCUUCGUCGUCCUCUCCCAGCAGCUUCAGCAGCUAUUCCUCUUGGUACAGCGGCUUGAGUCCCUCUCCCGGCCGGAGCAGCCGGAGCUACUCCAACAGCAGGACCAGCCGGAGCCGGAGCUGGAGCAGCGACAGUAGCUCGGGGGCACGGCACAGUCGCCGGAGCUGCAGCCGGAGCUCUGGCUCCACCGGCAGCUAUGCCAGCAUGCGGCGCUAAGGGAUCCCCCGGCAGCUGUGGUGGCACGGGCUCCUUUCCGUUUGGUGUUUGAAGACUAUGAGUGGCUCGGGAAUUAUGAGAGCUGUUGUCCAAACAAUGGAAUUUUCCCCCAAGCGCUGGUUCCUGCGUUGUUUUUAGAACUACACCACAUCCCAGGGCAUUUCGAAGGAAUUACAUGAAAAUACUGACAAAAAAAUCCCGACGUGAAAGGCUGAUUCCGAAUUGUGCAACGAUCUCGGGUCAAGAGGACGAUGAUGUGUAUUACGCCCCUUGAGCUGUAAACUAUUAGAUUUACUCUCUGGUUUUGACAAAGGGAAACUCUUCUCGAUCCACAGGCUUUCCCCCCACUUUUGAGCCAUUGUAAAACCUGUAUCCAUAGAAGCCAAAGGCCUAAUGUUGUCUCUUUCUUGGAAAGGAUCUCGGAACAAUGUCCCCUCCAUAUAUUCGUCCCCGAAACCCAACCCGACCAUGUGGAUCUAUGGACUCCAAUGGGGCCGACCUUCUCCGCAGCCACAUGAAUCCACGGCAGCGAAAACUCCAUGAGCGUCUCCGCAUCCCUACAUGCCUCUUGGGUUAUUUAUUAAUUGCAGUAUUUAUUAUCCUUGGAAUUCUGCGUCAAAAGGAAGCUCUUUGCUUUCACAAUCAAUAUUUAAUUUAUGGCCAUUUGGGGUGGGUUAAGUUAUUGUUAUAUUUGGGGUUGUUUUGUGUCUUCUGCAAAAGUGGCUCAAGAAUGGCCUGCUGCUAUUUUAUUUUUAUUUGGGGGGGCGAGGCUCCCUUCAGUCUCGCCACGCCAUGCCGUUUUCCUCACCUUUAUGCCAAACUUGGCCGGGACCAAAAGAUGAACACGGGAUUGUUUGUGUUUCUUUGUUUCCAGACUACCAAAGGGAUUCUGGGAGUUGUAAUCCAAAUAUUUAAGUUUUGCUUCUAGGAUAGUUGGGUCACUUUAGCGUCACAGGUGAAUGCCGACAUCACGGAACGGUGCCGUUCCGUUUGCUUCAGACCUAAGUCCCCGACAAGAUGCCGACAAGAUUAUUAUUAUUAUUAUUAUUAUUAUUAUUAUUAUUAUUAUUAUUAUUAUUUCGUGUCUGAAGUGAGAGAAUUGGCCGUCUGCAAGGACGUUGCCCAAGGGACGGACGGAUUUUUUUUGUUUUGUUUUGUUUUUUAUGUUUUUAUCAUCCAUGUCCCCGCAUGGAGCUGGAGCUGAUAGAGGGAGCUCAUCCGUGCUCUCCCCAGGUGAGAUUUGAACCUGGCAGCCUUCAGGUCAGCAACCCAACCUUCAAGUAGCAAGGCUUUAAUCCACUGUGCCACUGGAGGCUCCGACAAGAUUAUUAUUAUUGCUAUUAUUAUUAUUAUCAUCGCUAUACAUUGUUUGUCUGACGAGAGGCGGAGAACAUGUCCGCCGUCGUUUCGUAUUUAUUUCUGCUCUUGAUCAGGGAUCGCUUUGAGAACCACGCUGCCAUGAAUGAGGUGGAUUUGUAGCAAAGAGAGGCCAUAUUACUAAGCGUCGUGAAACACAUCUGUUUGAUUUCUCUAAUAAACAGUUGAGCAAGAUAAAGGGAAGCCCAAAAUGACAUGAGACAAGUAGAACGGGACACCGCGUCCAAAUCUAGCACUCCUUCGACAAAUGCCAAAGCUGCCCAGAUGAUUACAAAGGACAACUUGGUUCUACAGUAUAUGAAGCAGCCAUGGCAAGUUCCUAUUUCGAGAUGAAUGCCAAAAUCGGGGUGGAACAUUGGGUGGCGGUGGGAGGAAAAGGCACCGUGUAUAGGAAGCCACGGAGCCAAAAGAGUGGCGUGCCCCAUUUCGGACGGUGACACUGCUCUUUGAUCUGACUGUAUUCUUUAGUCUUCCUGAAGAAUCGUCGCAUCCACACUCGCCCGACACAAAGGCCAAUAAAACUGACAAUCCGGCUGUG